AUGGACCCCGCCCACACCGGAGGGGAUAUGUCACCUUUGUAUGUGCCAAGAAAAAGGAAGCCUGUCCAAUCACAACCCAAAAGUGGAGUGCCAUGUCCAGUUGUUCAGCGAAUGCCAGAAAGAGCCUGUGAACUGAAUGCAGUUGGGUACCAAGAGAAUGAUGAGCCCCAACCCCAAGAUGCUGUAAAGAUGAAACGAACUUAUGGGAGAAAACGGUACGAGGACCUCCAGAGUGUCCCGUUAGGAGCAGUAGAUUACCCGACCACCAGCUGCUCUGUCCUGCCAUCAGGCAGCCUGGCCAAUGGGUCGGAUCCAGGAUCUUUGGCUCCGCCCACUGCAAGGCUCCCUCCGAGACUGGUGGCGAAGGAUGUUUGGCCUCAAGGUCCAGAGGCCAGCAGGGAGCAGUCCCAGCCUCAGGACCAGAGCUGGAACUCCAGCAGGGACCGAGACCCUGAUGCCUGGGCUCCAGGCAGAGACCGACCCCAGGACCAGGUCUGGAACUCAGGCAGAGACAGAGCAGGACACUCCAGUCAAGACCAGACGUGGAUACCAGGCAGGGACAGAGCUCACGUUGAACCAGACCAGGCCUGGGUGAGGGGCGGGGAGCGCGGUCCUGAGCCGGGUUGGGGGGCCGGUAGGGAUCGGAACCAGGAUCAGGCCUGGAAUGGAGGCAGAGAUCAGGGAAGAGACCGGGCCUCCUCGGGGCCAGAGCAGGGGUGGGGCAGUGGCCGAGACCAAGAUGAAGGCUGGAGCAGCACGAACAGGGACCGAGGAAAUGUCUGGAGGCCUGAUCUGAACAUGAAGAAAGUCCAGAGAGCGGAGAUGGAGCGAAGCCCCCCUGUCAAUAACUUCCCACAGCCACCAGAGGCCAGAGACUCCUGUUCAGAUGCAGCCAGCAUUGGUGAGGCCUCAACAGCCCAGCAAAGCGAAGACCAGAAACCUCCGAUCCUCCCGACCAAGAAGGAGCCUCCGACCUACCCUUCAGGAAGCCAAGAGGAGCGUUGGCAGCUGCAGAUUGUCGCCAAAGGGAGAGUCACCUGUCCAAAAUGUAAAAGUGUGAGCAGGAAGACUGUGGAGGGGCUCAAGAAGCACAUGGAGAACUGCCGACUGCAACCUUUUACCUGUCAACACUGUGGAAAACAGCUCAAGUCUUCAACAGGGAUGAAGUAUCACAUCAUGGCUGACCACAGCCACUUGCCCUCAGCAGAGGAUGCCAAGGACCUGGACGACCGUGCCAUCAAAGACAAGCUGCGUAAAAUCCUGAAGAGACUGGGCAAAUUAAAAUGCUCUAAAGAGGGUUGUACCGCUGCCUUCACCAGCAUCAUGGGAUACGUGUACCACAUGAAGAAGUGCGGGAAGGAGGAGUCCGAGCUGGAGAAGAUGCUGCUGAAUUGCUCUCACUGUGGGAAACCAUACAAAUCCAAGGCGGGUCUGGAGUACCACCUGAAAUCAGAGCAUGCUCCUACACCCCAGAAGACUGAGGAAGACGAGGCGCUGAAGGCCCAGAGGGAGGCCAACCCAGAGAGGACGGCCAGUGGCAGGGUGCAGCGAGCUUCGGCUCAGGUGGCCAACUUCCACCUGGCUGAGAUCGCCAACAACGAGCUGCCUAAAGACUGGCCCAAGAGGAAGUUUCAGUCAGACCUGGUGCCAGAUGACAAAAAGUUAAAAUACGCCCGACCAGGGCUGCCUGCCUUCAGCCAGGAGGUGCUGAGGAAGUGGAAGAAUGAGGUGAAGCUGCAGAGGAAAGUCCAGUGUCCCAACCAGGGCUGUGGCUGCACCUACACCAGUGUGUCCGGACUCAAAGCUCAUCUGGGACUCUGCACAAGGGGCGACUUUGAGGCUGGAAAAUACAGAUGCCUGAUCUGCAAUAAAGAGUUUAACUCUGAAAGUGGAGUGAAAUACCACAUCAACUCUGUCCAUUCACAGGACUGGUUUGUGACGAACAAGAAGGCCUCUAAAAAGUUUGAGAAGUUCCUCAAAAACCAGCCGAAAGAGUUUUCCCAUCAUGCGGACAAACAGAGUAUGGAUCAGUACCACCAUCACCACGUGCAGCAGCAUCACCAUCAGCAGCACCAACACCACCAUCACCACCACCAUCACCAUCAGCAGCAGCAGCAGCAUCAGCUCCAGCACCAGCCUCUGCAGCACCCACUGCAGCCACUGCAUCACCUCCAGCACCAAACCCAGUUCCUCCACCCAGAGCGGCAGAACCUCCCUCCACAAGUGGACACCCAGCUCCAGCAGCCGAUGCUCCACUACACCCCUCUGGAACCUCCUGCGGGGCCGAUGUGGGUCGACAUGGACCGCAGAGAAGCAGUGCCGUUACCGGAGCAGGGACCCAUCGACAUGGAAAUGGCUGUUGAUGAGAAUCCUGAAGGGGACAGCAGCGGGAUGGUGGAGGUUAAAAGGAGAGAGAAGGGGGGACGAGGAGGGGAGAGGGGGAAGGCUGACGGGAAGCAGAAGGAUUGCUUCAGUUAUAGCGGUGGCAGCGGAAGCAGCAGCAGUAGCAGCAGCAGCAGUAAUACUGGCAGCUCAUCGAGCGAAUCAGAGGUGGAGCAGCAGGACAGGCAGAGACAGAUCGACCAGUGGAACCUGAAACGACCGGGCGUCAUGGAGCCCCACACUGAGGCCGGAAAACGACAGAGAAACGCUUAAAAAGACCUUGCAUCAGCUCGUAGGAUUCACAUUUCAACUGUCUGCAGCUGAUUGUAGCGGAGGUAGACUAAGGUAGGACAGGUGUCCGUCCCGACGUAAUUACUUGUGACAGAAAAAAAGACAUGUUCUUCGUUUUCCACAGGAGAAAAAGGCGAGAAGGCAGCUGAGGACUCGAUCCCUGUAACAUUUCAGAUGAUGAUGGAUACCCUAAAGACAACCUCAAGGUGUCAGCUAUGGAUAUGAGAUUAUAUUCACUUCUGUUUUAGAGGCUGUUUCUCUGUCUUGAGAUGGUUGUCAUUGUAUAGCCUUGAGAAAUGUAGGUAUGCUGUUUAUCUGUGUGUUUAUCUGUAACACAUUGUUUUCACCAACUUUAAAUGUCUUAUUCUUUUAAAAAGUUUGAUAAACACUCCUUGUCUUUCAUGUUUACCUAAAGGGAAAAGUUAACCCGCAGAGAGGAUGCCACAGUAUAGUAUUUUGUUAGACUUGUCUAGUCGCUCUCUCUGAAAAGAUUUUGUGCCUAUUAAGUAUGAUCUAUAUAACUUCAUACUGCUUAUCCUCACCUUUACUGACAACUGACUGGCCUUUCUUGGCUAAAUAAUGUCGGCAAUGUCACUUCUUUUCUGGUCGGAUUUGAUAGAAGAAAGGAUAACUUCCCACUGGCUUGGAUUCCCGUCUCUCCGUUACCUCCUUUGUCAUAUUUUCAUUUCAGAUGUUGACUACAUUUCAUUUUCUAGCUGUGUGUUAGCAGUGAAUGCAGCUUUGUUCACUGCUGGCAUUGAUUUGCCAUUUUUGAACCAAACCUGCUGGCAGCUUGUGGUGGGAUGAGAGGUUUGCAUCUGUGUAACUCUCCAGUGCAAGUAAAUGACAUAUGAAGAGCAGUGGAAAAGGAAGGUCAGCACCACUAGUGUUAAAGGUGGAGUCUGCGAUUCUGGACAAAGGCUGUUGAUAUUUACAUAGUCAGCAUGUGCCAGAGUUAAGCCUCGAUUAUACUCCCUUGUGCAUGCACACAUACAACUGUUGCGGACAUCUUGGACGCGUAGCUGUUGCUUUUAUACGAUUUUCUAGUCUGCUUGGAGUCCAGUAAGGAGUGCACAAUAGAUCAGCGCCGAGAUAUUCCCUGUAUGCUCACUACUGCGGAGCAUGUGCACCGCCGCCCUUGCAUCAUAUUUUGGGCUGCACAUCCACGUGGAUCCUAAAAGACGUAGGCAGAUGUACACCACUGACCUGAGCUUCCCUCUUGCUCCCCCUUUUCUCCCUUAAUCACCCUUCCUCUCCCCUGUAUCCUGUGCAUGAGCAUGAUUGUGUACAGAACACGCUGGAACACUGUUCGGUCCGUGCCGCCUUGUUUGUCUCCCUAUUUGCAAUCACAUUCUCCACCUUUAAAGCAACAGCUUGUCCAUCCUCCCCACGUCUUCUGCGCUGGACAUCUCCAGCUAUUAUACAGAAUGUAUUUCCUGCAACAACCACCAAGUGUUGUGUUGUAUUUUUUGUUUGUGUAGGAUUGUGUGAGACCUGUUGAGCAGAGAGCUUUAGAGGUGUUUGGUAGUUUCCAAGAAACAGAAACAACAAAAAGGUACUCGUGAGAUUAUUGUCUUUACGUAGAACUUAAAACUCUAAAUGGACUGUUGAGACAUGUGUUCCUCUUAAACAUUGUGGAGAUGUGAGAGUUUUUAUUUUGCAAUAAUUUUGUAAUAAUUUCAGAAAUGGACUGUUUGACUUCAAAUAGAAAAACAGAUUAUAACUCAAGGGUUACUUACCAGCGUUGUUCCAGGCUUGUAGUCACUUCUCAUGGUUGUCCUCGGUGGAUGGAGUUUCUCAAGCAAACUAGAUCUGCUGAGAAACGCUGCAGUUGCGUCUAAAAUACUUCUUUUUUUUAAUUAUUCAUUUAAAACAUUCCAAGUGAAACACAAAUUUUCAUCAGCAGGGAAACGAAGUAAGCACACGUUAGAAUAGAACACCAAUAAAUAUAACUCAGCAAAUACUGGUAAACCAAAAACUACAGCUUCCCGGUGAGAGAUCACACACUCUGAUUCAGGCGGACACUCGGCCAGCUGAACAUAACACAACAGCAGAGAAAUAUUAGAAGUGUACAGAUGUAAGGAGACAUUUUAAUCUCUUCAGUUUAACAGAUGACACCUAACUGUGGUAUUUUAUAGAUUGUAUUUGAAUGCAGGCAGCCAGAUUGCGUCCCCCCCUCUGCACCUCACCCACUCUUGACAGCUAACUGAUGAAGGAACGCUCUAAAGCAAUUUAACGUGAAGAAUCAGAGUUUUUAUCCUCAGUUCAGUCUUCAAAGGAUAUUUAACUGACAGCAUGUGCCCUAAUGUUUGUGUAUUCUGUGUUUUGUACCUACUGUAGUGAGAUAUGGUUGUUGUCAGUCAUUUCUUUGUGAUGUUUUAACGCUGUCUUGUAUUUUUUUUAUUUUAAUUUACAACUUUCUGCAUUUAUGAAUGUAUUAAGUUAUUAGUUUCCCCUUUUUCGUGCACUUCUGAUCUGCCAGAUAAUUGAAAUAUUCAACUAAAGGUACCCUUUAAUCUGUGAAUCUAUGUAAAAGAAAGUGAUCUGAACUGUAUCUGAUUGUUUAAAGUGCUUUAUCCUUCAUUGGCCUCCAUCAGAUGCCUUUUGGAUGAGCAGUGUUGUUUAUAAUGGAAAACCUCUGAGGA